GCCGGUCGCGUUCCCGCACGCCGACCCUCGCUUGGAUGCGCUUCUUCCCGAGCCUCCCGUGACUGGCCCGGGAUGAGCGACGCAUUGCUUCCCUCUGGGCUUCUUGAAGAUUUUGAUCCCUUGACAGGGAUGUAAGAAAGCCUGACAACCCCCCCCCCAUAUAUUCCUGGACUGUAGUACCUGCCCAGCUAUUUGCAUUAAAGGACUCCAGAGGAAGCACCGCCACAACUUGACAGAAGGGAAUGUGGAAGGAGGCCUGCAAAGAAGUUGCCAAUUGUGGGCACUCAGCAUCUGAGGAGAAUUUCAGAGACACCAGUCUCCAUCAGAGCCCAGGACUGCCUGGAGGCUAAAAGUCUGCCUGCCAGCCCCUGCUGUUGGUGUCAAGGCAUGUUCCUGGCUGUGACAGAAAACUGAAGGUAGGGAGAUGCCCGGGCACGGGAACUUCUCUGCAGCAUGCUGAGGAGACGCAACCUUCUCACCACACUUCUCAUUGCUCUGCCAUGGGGUCUUCUGCUAACUUUGUGGCACCAAUACCCAACCACCCGCUACCUCAGCCUUCUGAGAAAGGAAACAGAUGAAAAUGUGACAGCCAAAUCCCUCUUCAAUAGCACAUCCCUAGCAAGAGAAGAUGGGCUCUCAUCGUGCGCUCGGCAACCAGCCGUUGGGACUGCUCCAAAAAUAAUCCGGAGUUAUGUGUAUUCCAGGCCUCCCCCCUGGUCAGACGCUUUGCCCACCAUAUUUGUGAUCACACCCACCUAUACCCGGCCAGUGCAGAAGGCAGAGCUGACCCGGCUGGCCAACACUUUCCUCCAUGUGCAGAACCUCCACUGGGUAGUGGUGGAGGACUCACCCAGAAGGACCAACCUAGUGUCUAAUCUGCUGGAGAAGGCCGGGAUAAAUUUUACUCACUUGAACAUUGAGACUCCUAAGAGCCUGAAAGUGGGCUUGUCCUGGAUCCCAUCUCAUACUCCCAGAGGCACAUUCCAGAGGAAUCUUGGAUUACAUUGGUUGAGAGAAAGCUUCAGCACCAUACCACCACCAGAGGGUGUAGUGUACUUUGCUGACGAUGAUAACACCUAUAGCCUGGAGCUGUUUGAAGAGAUGCGCUACACAAAGAAGGUAUCGGUAUGGCCAGUUGCCUUUGUUGGUGGUCUCAGGUAUGAGUCUCCAAAAGUGAGCCCGGCAGGCAAAGUGGUGGGCUGGAAGACCGUAUUCGAUCCAAACCGGCCCUUUGCCAUUGAUAUGGCUGGCUUUGCCAUCAACAUCAGAUUGAUCCUAGAGAAGCCCCAGGCCAGUUUCAAGCUGGAUGGAGUGAAAGGAGGUUAUCAAGAAACAAGUUUAUUGAAGGACCUGGUGACAAUGGAUGGACUGGAGCCUAAAGCUGCCAACUGCACAAAGAUCUUGGUCUGGCACACAAGAACUGAAAGGCCAACACUAGUGAAUGAAGGCAAGCGUGGAUUCACUGAUCCAAGGGUGGAGGUAUAAAGAAAUCAUCUGAUGAUUCGCUUCUCAUGUCUCUGCACUUGUUCAGCAGCAUACAGACGCAACAAUCAAGAAUAACACCCUACUUAUCUUCAUAUCUAGCAGCUUCCAGCUUCCCUAAAGCCAUGAAAGAAACUAACAAACAAACCAACAAAAAUGAAAGUCAUGUCCAAGUCUGUUUUCUUUGUACUCUGGCCAGUCACUACACUACAAGGAAAACACAUUUCUGCAUUUACAUUUAUUUGCUGGAAGAUGUUUUAAGGAAUAUAAGCAGUUAUCUGGGGAAAGAAAUAACCCACCAGUAACAAAACCAUCUGGGACAAUGUAAGAAGAGCCAGCUUUGCAUGGAGAACAGGAUUCUCUUUGCUAACCCCACAUCUCUAAAUAAACAUUUGAAGCCCUGUUUUGUGAAGUGCUGUGACACUAACUUCUGCAAAGCUGUUCCAGUGCCUGGCAGUUCAAAAGGAGGGCAUCCUUGCAGCAUUAACACUGGACGACACUAGCAUCCUUUGCAGUAAAAGAUGCUCUCAGAAUAGCUUGAACCCUCAAUCAAUCUGAGGAUUCCUCCUACCCUCGUUAAUCACACAGAGAGAAAAAUAAUGGGCAUUUCUUGUUCAGAAAUACACAAAGCUCAUUUUCCUACAUCCAUCCCCUUCUUCACAUCCAAAGUGCAGUACGAGGAUCCAGCUGUUCUUGUGUGUGUAUAACAAACCGAACUAGAAAGCGAGGGCCAUUCCGUUCAAGAGUUUCAGCAGCUCACCAGGCUCAGAUCUUCAUGUGCAAGGUUGUUUUCCCUGGGAGACAGAGGCAACUACUUCCAGUCCAGUGUUUCUUCACCUUUCUCAAUUGAUGGGGUGAGACAUCGGGCAACAGCUAUAUCAUGGCUUUCCAGAUGCAGGAUCACAUGGCUGACCAUCGUUGGAAAGAGGAUGUGGCAUUCUGAGGCAUCUUUCGCCUGAUCCAGCAGAGGUACUCUUGUGUUCUUGCAGCAUUGCAGGUCACUUGCAGAUCGCAUUCUGGAAUGGCUGCCAUACCAGCAUGAUCAAUUUCAGCUCACUGCCUGGCUAGACUGCCAUGAUCUCCAAAUGAACAACGUGUUUGGAGUGAGCAGAGCCAUGCUGCGUCAUAAACACCAAGUAUAUCACAGGUGAUUAUGGCAAACAAUGACAACAGUAUUAUCCAGGAACAGAACUAGGAGAAUGGUAGAGGGAAAUGGCUGCUACGCAUCCUGGUUGGCAAAACAGAAAUAGCCAUCCAGUGUAAAGCAUAAAUGGAAAACAGAAGUAACUGCUGAAAACCAACAGUCACACUUGUAGUUGAAGAAAUAUUGUCAGGACAUCCACAAACCUUGGGACCAGAGGAAAAUUAAAAACAAAUGGAUUACUAGGCCAUGGCGUCAAAAGGUUUAAUGGCUUGAAGACAGCACAACCGCUUUGUUCCUAUAGUGGGCUCUGCUCAUGUAACAAAAAAAGCACACCUCUGGAGUUCCGUAUGUGCUGGAAGUUCUCAGAAUUGAGGAAGUUGAAGGGGGACAUUUUUCUAAUCAACCUUGAAAAGGAUUCUUCGAUGUGAACAGGACACUGAUUUGUUUCGUAACUUAUUUAUAACAUGGGUCUUUUCUGCCUAUUUCCUUUGUAUUAACCUGGAUGAUCUGGCAUGUUUGUGAGGACUCCCAUCCAUCAACCCCACCCCCAAUCCUCAUCCAAAUCUCAGUAGGGAAUAACAAAUUUUCUACUCACAGCUGAAAUGUCAUACUAUAUAUUUCAUGCUCACUGUAUUAAAGAGGGCACGGGGGGACCUGGUGUCUUAAAUCAGCAAAAUAAUUAGAAGCACAGUAAUAAGGAAAGUAUGUAAUUUUAAAAAAGAAAGAAUGUGUAUGGGACUUGAGACUGGCAGACAAGGAUUGUUAAGGUUUUCAGUUAUUACACCAGCUAUGACCACAGCAGUCACCUCAUAAUAGGAUGAGCACCCGGAAAUUUUCUACAAACUUUUUUUUAAAGGAAAUUUUUAUAAAGGCCAUUCUGUAACAAUUGAUAUCCAAUUGGGAAAUUAUGGAUCUCUCAAGACUGGCUUUUCUGGAUAUGGCUGAUGGGAAUUGUAGUCCAAUGUCCACCCUGCAUUGUUAAUAAGCAUCAUUUUUAUCAUUUUCCCGUGAGUAGACUGAAGAUCAGAUGCUAAAAAGAAAUACUUGAAAUAGAAAUGCUGUACCUUCUCCACCCCACACAAGGCUGAUGUUAAGUUUGAGAGGACUGAGUCCAUGUUUUAUUCAACCCAUGCUCACUGCUUUAGCUAUAAAGGGUUUGGAGUAAACUUUUUCUGCUACAAGGAGCAUCUGCAGGAGGAGUAAUCAGGCAGAUUUCCCUUGCUAAGGCAAGUUGGUAGUACCCAGAGACUGCGACAAGAUCCUUGAUGGUGCCUGCCCAGAAUUGUUUCUUUUGAUUAAAGAUGCACAUAAUUGAUUGUGUAACAAAACUGCAGUCAUUUGCUAAAUUUAACUUCUCAUAGACAUGUUAAAAGCAAUGUUUGAAACUGCCAUUGUAUAGCACAAUGAUACAUACCAGAAUGGGUAUCCUCUGGAGAGACACGGAUCUCUAUAUGGCUGAGGGAAAGCGGGGCUUGCUGGAGCUUCUGGGAAAUGUAGUCCAAUAAAGGUGCAAGCUAUGUCCCUGCUGCCUUUCUUUACGUGAGCAGUUUUUUCACCACAGUUGUCAAGUGGUGAGUUUUUUUUCUUACUAGCCUGCUUCUAUGCUUUUAAAAGCAAUUCAGCAUAUAAAAAUUGAGCCUUAUCACUUUAAGAUGAUACAAGAGAAGGUAUUAUGUGCAUUCUUUCUCUAUAUUGGAUAACUAUUCCGUGGAAAAAUCAAAAUAAAACUUUAAAAUCUGGUAACUCUGCAUCUUAUAUUCAUGUGCCUUAUAAUGUGAUCCUGAAAUGCUUACUCAGAAGUAAUUCAAUGGCAAUUACUUCCACUUUACUAAGGAUAGGAUUGUUGCUGCCUUAAGGAACUAGCAGACAUCACUGGCCCUGUUGCAGCUUACAUGUUGCAUGCAACUGCUCUGGGUUUUUUCCCCCUGGAAGGUUUCUGUUCCUUAGACCUCUGGUUAAGAAACUAGUCCUCAGAAAGUAGAAGUGUACCAUUGAUAUUUGUAGUCCACAGGGUCCCCACAAAUAGGGUUCAGUUUCUUUUUUUAGCCCUAUCUGGAGAUAUGGAAAACUCGAAGAUCAGAACUUGGACAGCUGCCACUUUGGAUUAGAGUUCCCAGAAUAUUGCAGCCCAGCCCACCCCCUGGACAGUGAUCAUCUUGUCUGGGCGACUCUGGGAGCUGUAGUCCAAAAAAGAACCUAACUUCCACAAAACUCUGAGGAAGGCAAGAGCCUAGAAUGUUAGCAGGACUGUCUAUGAAGAAAAAGAGGUGAUGCUCCCAGCAAGAAUUGUGAGAAAGCAAGGUUUGUGAAUCUGGGAAGGGACACCAGUCAGGAGAUGGAGCAUCCUGUUCGUUCUUUAUGCUGGCUGAUGCACAAUCCAGUUUCUAUUAGAAGGGGGAUUCAACUCUAACCUUUGUGGCCUGCAGGGUUGCACCUGGUAUAGCCUGAGGAACAAUGGCAGUGCAUACACAGUCUUCCCUUCCCUUACAACGCUCACAGGUCUUAGUGCAGUCUUAACCCAUGGCAAUCUCUACUGAGACUCUAUCCACUUCUGCCUACCAGUGGCAGGCAAAUGGGAUCUUGAAUUUUGUUUCUACUAACACGCUCGGCUGUUGGGAAAGCAGAUAAGGGGGCAUGUCUGAUUUUUUGGGGGGGAGGGCACUGAGAGCAACAUGCAUCCCCACAGCCCCAGAUUGUGCAUUCUUGUUCUGCAAAAUAGAAAGAAAAAUGAACUG